AUGCCAUAUCAUUCAUUACUUAUUUAUGCUUCGGCAUUAGUGAUUUCCACUAUAGUCCUAGAAACAGUCCCACCUAGACCUGAUUUUCGUAGCACCAAGAACAUAACAUUUUCUUCAGCAGGAGGAGGUAGCAGUCAUCAUGUAUGGGUUCUUGAGAUCUUGAAAGAAAUGCAUCAUCGUGGACAUCAAGCCGCUCUUUAUUCCAGAGUAAAAUACCUUGCAUCGACUGAUGAUAUAACAAAGCAGGUGGACGGAGCAUUUGAUUUUAUCAAGCAUUCAAAUAUUGACAUUUUGAUCAAUUCUCACCCGGAUCAAAUUGAAUUGGGCAUGUUUGCAGUACAAGCAAGCAUGAUAAAUCAUACAUUAAAUUUCUAUGAAUAUCAGGUCUUGUUUGAACAAAAACAGAUUGGCUUGGUUAUUUGUGAUUCGUUUGCCAUUAAUUGUAUUGGUGCUGCCGCUGUUUCUGAAUUACCUGUAAUGAUUACUUCUACCAUGAGCUUGUAUGCAGAGAUCCGCAAGUUAUCUAAGAAAGCAAAGCCUGCAUUUGACUUACAGCGCAAAUUGGAUUUGUCGUAUGUCUAUGAUACCUCUUCAUCUCGUUACAAUGCUGUUCCCAAACUAGCCAGUAGUCUGUAUGGGGCCAAACUUGCGUGUUCCCUUAGUCCUUUAUUUCAUAUGGAGGAACCUGUUAUGCAAAGCACCUAUCCUGCACUGAAUCAAGCGACAGCUGCUUUCUAG